AUGGCUGAGACGCCUUGCUGGCGCGCAACAGCAUUGUUAUAUAUCCGCGACGUUGCUCGUUGCUCGUGGAUCGCAUUGCCCUCCCUCCAGCGUUCGCUCGAAUCCCUCGGCCGGCCGUCGUCGAAAUCAACGCCCGUUCCAACGCCAGUCCGAAUCCAGUACUGUCUCCGCGAGCUGCUCAUCACCAAGACCUUACUCAGCUCUUCCUCAGCAACUCAAGACCCCCGGCUUUCCAGCACUUCAAGUUGGCUCCAGCACCUAGGCUACCUGUCGCCCGACAUUACGUACGAGGCGAUUGCCUGGGUGUGGUCAGCCAAUGUCUGA